AUGUUCGUCUUCGACAUCCCCGAGAUUCGAGACCACCUAGCCCAGUUCCUCAACCCAUGCCAACUGGGUUCAGCAAUGCUAGUCUGUCAAGACUGGCACACAACCUUCUUGCCAUUCCUCUACCGGUCCACCUCUGUCAUCGCAACCUCGGAAAAGAACCCGACCCCGGCGACGAUUGAAAAAUAUGCGCAUUUGAUUCAGGCGCUGCGUAUCUCGGGCUUUACGGAGUCGUUGGAGUAUUAUGCGGUGCCUUGUAGGAACUUGCACACCUUGACGUUGGACGGUAAUUGGAUGAUGAGUUAUAAUGGCAGUGGCGGCAGUGGUGGUGGCGGUUUGUUCAGGAGGAUGUAUGGGAGCACGGGUAGCGACAGCAGCAGUGGUAGGAACAGGGAUGACGCUCCAAGCAAGGAGACUGUUGCGGCAGAGUUCUCGUCGACGGUAGCCGAUUUGAUCCGCCGAAACCCUAGGCUAGUGCAUAUCCUCCUCAUAGACCAACCCUGCAUUUCUUCGACAAGGCUCUGGAACGCGCUUGCGGAAAGUCCUAAACUCAGCUCGAUGCAUCUGACAGGCUGUACGAUCCAUCCCAAUGACACGCCUGCCUUCUGGGAGGCCUGCUCCAAUACUGAGACCCUCCAUCUCUUGCGACUCAAACUACCGGACGGCGAGGCGUUCUACCCGCCAUUGAAGAGCCAUCCACUGUCGGACCAGAAGCUGCUGUUGCCUGUAACGGAUUCGUCGUUGUCAUUGCCGCCUCCUCCUUCACCGCCGAGUGGAAUUAUAACCUUGAUGGAGUCUUCGCUUUCGUUGAAUGAGUCUUCAAUCCCACCUAAGGACACUAAUAGCAACAACAACAACAACAACGCCACCAACAACAAGGGCAAGGUCAGGGACAAGGCGCUGUUCUCGCGGCUACAGGUCCUCUAUAUGAACGGCAUCAGCGAUGGGUUCCGGAUCAUCUCCCAAGCACCACUCCUCCGCUCCUGGCAAUGGGCCCUCGGCACCAAACUCUUCCCCCGCGAAGAUAUCGAACUAACCUUCCCGCGCCUCAAGCCUUUCUCUUUCUUCAGGGACCUCGACAUCCAAAUGCUGGAGCUGAACGAUACACAUAUCGAGGAUCUGUUAGACAGGAUGACGGAUGCGCGAGAUGUCAACCUCAACUGGACUGGUUUCGGACCCAAGUCGUUCCAGGUGUUGAUGAUACGACAUACGAUGACGUUGAGGAGUUUGAAUCUGUUGUGUGUGCAGGUCCAGAGCAAGCAGAUCCAGGCGCUGUUGACGAGUUGUCCCGGGUUGGAGUCGUUUGUUGCGGACGUGUUGUUUGGAACAGAGUUGGUCCGAUAUGGUGCUCCUACGAAGGAAGGGUCUGAGGAUAGCAAUGAGGUUGAUUUUGCGUCGCCGGAUUAUGAGUACGACAUGAGCGUGUCGGCGUUUAUGGGAUCCGGAACGGGGACACUUCUGGGCGACGAUUGGGUCUGUCUGGGCCUAAAGUCGUUGACGCUCAACUUUGCACUCUGGGGCAAGAAUAUUCAUUUGAAGGACACCAACCCGGACUCCCAGGCAGCCAUGCAGAAGCAAUACGAUCUCGAACAGGAGCACACCUUCCGGCAAUUGGCUCGGUUGACUCAGUUGGAGAAGUUGCAAAUGCUUAAUGCGACGGGGAAACCGCCGUUCGUUCAGGGGGUCAAUUUGAAUCUACGGACAAAGGGUGGGAGAUUGGAGGAUCUGGCGCCAUUGACGAGGUUGGAUACGAUCAACUUUUCGGGGACGCAGCAGUUGUUGGAUGAGGAAGAGCUUGAGUGGAUGUGGGACCAUUGGCCGCGGCUGUUCUUUAUUAUGGGUGUUUUUAAUAAGGAUCCUGUGGUGAAUAAACGGGUUGUUGCGGCGUAUAAGGAGCGGCAGAAGGAGAAGUAG